AUGACUGUCGAUUUGAAGUCGACUCUCAACUCCGAGCUCUUCGAGUUCAUGAGAGACAAGUGGAUUCCCUUUUCGAGAACACAAUCUCUCGACUUUGAUAAAGUCAUUCCAACAAUUCUGUCUUACAAGAAACUCGAUCUCGAGCAGGUUCAGCACAAGGCACUUCCCGCACUGAAAGGGCUGAGCCUCUUUGGGCUGAAUCAUUUACCUGAUAUGCUCGAAUUCCUCCCCGACCCCGACAAUGCCGACUUUCCUAGUGAGGCUUUGGGACUACAGCUUUUGCUCGACCAGGCUCCGCGGGCUCUUCUCAAGGGCAUUGAUAGUCGAUGGUCUCACGCUUACUUUGACGAAAUAUCUUUGCAGUAUGCCCAGCGGCUCCAGACUCUUCCUGCCCACCAGAAACCAAGUUCUUGGGGUCGAUGGCAGGGUAAGGUGUCUCUGGACUAUUUUGUUCUUGUGCGCAUCUGGUUCGGCGCGCCUUUUGUUCAUCAUGAGAAGGCGUCUGCGCAAGCUGUCGCCUUCACCGAGCAGACACGUCGUCUCAUUGAGGACACGUUCAAGAUCCAAGACCCAUGUCGUACUCAACCAGAGAAGCGAUGGGAUCUCUAUGGUUUUCCAAGGUUGUGGAAACAGGGUGGCCCCGAAAGUCCCUGUGGAGUAGCGGCGGGCACAUUCUGGUUAACACACUUGAUGGAUGUUCAUAAACCAAUUUUGGACCUGUACGGAAGAUACCCUUAUCAGAACAGUCUCCUCGGACGCCUUGAUACAGCGGAAGAAGAGGCUUGGCUCCAGAAAGCUGCUUGCUUCGAGGUGGACACCGAUGCACGAGAAAGAAUCAGGCGUGACGUGGACACUGGGCAGUGGACGCCAUUGAAGGGUAUUAUGUAG